GGUAAAUCACCCUAGUUUUGUUCCUAUCACCUAUAGCAUUGGUAUAUCCGUCGCUAUUUCUUUUCUCUUUUUGUUCUGUUUUCUUAGCCAAAUCCGUGAAGUCUCUUAUUUUUCUUGUUCUUGUUAUUGUUAUAAAACCGUUUUUCUCUCAGACUCAGCCAUUUCAUUUUCACUUUCGGAAUUCCGCCGUCGCUCGAAACGCCGCAUCGCUCAAUCGCCGCCGCAUCGUUCUCCAUUACAAACACCUAUUUGCAGAGUCAGAAAUGGACAAGAAAUUUCUAGUACCACUCUGCAUUCUUUUGAUGCUUCUCUCUGUUAAAGCUGCUCCUCGAAGAUCUCUCGUCACACAUCUUCCUGGUUAUUCUGGCAAUUUCCUCUCCCACCAUUACUCAGGAUAUGUAAGUAUUGAUGGAAAUGCUGAGACUGGAAAGAACAUGUUCUACUACUUUGUUAGUUCAGAAAGAAAUCCCAGAAAAGAUCCUGUUGUUCUAUGGUUGAAUGGUGGACCUGGUUGUUCUAGCUUUGAUGGGUUUGUUUAUGAACAUGGACCAUUCAAUUUCAAGGCUGCAGAAUCAAAAGAGAACCUGCCCACUUUGCAUGACAAUCCUUACAGCUGGUCUAAGGUUUCCAACGUUUUAUAUUUGGAUUCACCAACUGGUGUUGGGUUCUCUUACUCAAAGAACAUAAGCAAAUAUUCAACUGGGGACCUACAAACAGCUUCGGAUACUCAUGCUUUCCUCUUAAAAUGGUUUGAACAAUUUCCAGAAUUCCAGGCUAAUCCAUUUUAUAUUUCUGGAGAGUCUUAUGCUGGAAUUUAUGUACCCACUCUAGCUUUUGAAAUUGCUAAAGGAAUCCAAAGUGGAACAAAGCCAGUGAUCAAUUUGAAGGGUUACUUGGUAGGAAAUGGUGUCACGGACCCAAAAUUUGACAACAAUGCUUUUAUCCCAUUUGUGCAUGGGAUGGGCCUCAUAUCAGACACUAUCUAUGAGAAUGUACAUGCUUCUUGCAAAGAAAACUACUACAAUUCUGAUUCUCAGAGUGAUCAAUGUGCUAAGAGCAUGGAAAUAGUUAGUAAGGCUAUUCAAGGGCUUAAUGUGUACAAUAUAUUAGAACCAUGCCACCAUGAACCAGAAGUUGCAACAAACUUAAGUUCUAAUUUACCAUUGAGUUUCCAAAAUUUAGGGUUAACAGAGAGACCUCUCCCAGUAAGAAAGAGGAUGUUUGGUAGAGCUUGGCCUUUCAGAGCACCAGUUAGAGAUGGUCCUGUUACAUUAUGGCCUCAAUUAUUAGCCAACACCAAACACGUCCCUUGCGUCAGUGAUGAAGUAGCAACAUCGUGGCUAAACAACCCUGCGGUCAGGAAAGCCAUUCAUGUUGACGUGGCAAGUGGUACGUGGGAAUUAUGUACUGAUAGGAUAAGUUUCGAUCAUGAUGCUGGAAGCAUGAUUCCUUACCAUAAAAAUCUAACAAAAUUGGGCUAUCGAGCACUUAUUUACAGUGGUGACCAUGAUAUGUGUGUACCAUUUACUGGAAGUGAAGCUUGGACAAGUUCUUUGGGAUACAGAACUGUGGAUGAAUGGAGAUCAUGGAUCUCUAAUGACCAAGUUGCUGGGUUCUUACAAUCUUACGAGCACAACCUUACCUUCCUCACAGUGAAGGGGGCUGGGCACACCGUACCGGAAUAUAAGCCAAAGGAGGCACUCGAUUUUUACAGCCGUUGGUUGGAUGGAAAAUUCAUUUAAUUGUAAAAAUGGACCAACCAAAAUUAUAAUAUAUUACAAUAAACAUAUUAUAUAUUUGAACAAAAUUGCAAAGUGAUUAAAUUUUGUGAUUUACCCUUGCAUUAAAUCAUAUGCUAAGGGAUUAAUAUAUAUUAGUGAGUUUAUUUUAUUUCA